AUGGAUGAAAAUAAUUCCUAUCCAUUAUUAUUAUCUCAAAAUGAUAUCGAAGAAGAAGAAGAUGAUGAUGAUAUGACAUCACAGGAACUUUUUCAACGUUUACAGCAAGCAUGGUUAAAUGAAAAAUAUUCUCCUAUAUUACUUAAACAUGAAAAUCUUCUUGUUCUAGCAACAUUUGAAUUACUUGAUGAUAUUGAAAAACGUUUAAAAUCAAGUGAACAUAAAACAACAUCAUUUCGUUGGUUAAUGCAUCGAACAGAAUAUAAUCGUCUGUAUUUUAUAUUAUGUUCAUAUAUACGAACACGUUGUUCGAAAAUUGAAGAAUAUCCAUCAGCAGCAUUGAAUUCAGAAGAACUUUUAUCACCUGAAGAAUGUGUUUAUGCACAUACAUAUUUAAAUAAUAUGAAGCAACAUUUAAAAAAAAGUGUCUUAACAGAAUUAAAAUCUGAACAACAACAAAAUGAUGAUGAUAUUACAUUAAUACAAUUAUUACCAAAACCAAAUCUAAAUGACUUUGUAUUUUUUCAAGUUGAUCAAUCUGUUAAUGGAGUUAUUUUAUCAAAUGAACAAAAUAAUAGUGGAGCACCAAAUGAUAUUAUUGAUUUUAAAACAGAUGAUCAAUAUAUUAUGCAAUUUAAACAUAUAAAUAAACUUUUAAAUGAAAAACAAAUUCAUCUUGUCUAG